AUGGAACGCAAAGCAGGCGAUAACCAAACGAAAGCGGCCAAAAAAUCUCCCACUGGGCGCAAACCCGAAAAAUCUCAGACCGCGAAGCAAAAACCAGGGUCUGCCACCCAGACGAAACCGACUGAAAAAUCUCAAACAACGGAACGCAAACCCGAAGAAUCUCAGACAACAGAACGCAAAACAGGAUCUGACACACAGACGAAACCUGAAGAAAAAUCUCAAACAAAGGAACACAAACCCGAAACAUCUCAGACGAAAGCAGGGUCUGUCCUCCAACCGAAGCCGGCCGAAAAAUCUCAAACCACUGAAGACAAACCCGAAAAAUCUCAAACAGUGGAACAGAAGCCUCAGUCUGACAGCAAGGCGAUACCUAUCGUAAAACCUCGAACCACACACAAGCCUGAUUCUGGCAUCAAGUUGAAACCUACAGAAAAACCCCUAACCGAACACAAAUCCGAGGAAACUCCAUCCACGGAACACAAACCUGGAAAACCUCAAACCACGGAACACAAACCCGAAAAACCCCAAACCACGGGAUAUAAACCAUUGUCUGAGACCCAAACGAAACUCGAAAAAGCUCAAACCACCGAACGCAAGACCGGGCCUGAGUUCAAGGCAGGACCUCUCGAACCUCCAACCACGGAACACAAGCCUGAGACGGGCAUGAAGACGAAACCUGCCGAAAAAGCUCAAAUAACGGAACACAAGCCUGAAGCUGAUACGAAGAAGAAACCUGCUAAAACCAUGGAACAAAAACCCGAGAAACCUCUAACUACGGAACACGAACCUGAGGUUACGAAGAAGGUACCUGCUCAAACACCUCAUACCAUGGAACACAAACCCGAGAAAACUUCAACCAUGGAACACAAGCCUGAGGCAGACACGAAGAAGAAA